GAACGGGCAUUAUUGGACCAAGCUUUGACGAGGAGAGUACUAGUGGAAACUUGCUCCGGUAUUUUACACAUCAAGUGGAGUACACGCUACGUUCUGAAGACGAGCUUUAUUUAUUCGGCUCAGGAGGCCUAGUUUUCUUCCUUGCUCAGCUAAUUUCUUGUUACAAUGGCUGCUAUCGCUGCAGAACCCCAAAGACUGAUUGCUGUGUCACUCGGCAAAAUCGCCGCUUCACGGUCACAACGUGGUGGGAUUAACUUACACAAGAACUUGUUAGUAGCCAGUGUGUUGCACAAGGCACGGACAGCUUACAUGAUGGAGAACUUUCAACAGAUGCUUGCUGCAAAGAGAGCACAGGCUGAACAGAUUCAUAUACAGAACCCAGUACCCGAGAAAACAGGCGCCAACCCGCACGAGACUACAUGCCACGAGGCGCACGUAUCUAGGUCACAGAGUAACUCAACCUCACCCAGACUCCGUGAUUCAUCGGAUAAGGAAAAUACCCCGCCCAGGGGAGAGUCGUCUGCUCCGUGUGAAAAGAUGGAAACGCAAGAAAAAACACUCUCUCCUAUGUCGGACUCUUCUCGUAAUACUCCUGACUCGUCAGGAAGUGUGAACCAAGGCAGACUUGAUUGCGUAAGCAGAACGAGAGACAGCAGUUCGUGUCUGUUGAAACGUCGGCGAAGCAAUGCUUCACAGGAUAUGGACACGGUGCUCGCCAAGAAGGCCAAAUAUUCAGACAAUGUGGAGAGUGAUUCUCACUGUGAAGCCAUGCAAACAGAGCCUACUCAAAUCACCAAUCUAGUCAGUAUUUUCAACACAGGGUUUGGCGGUUUGUGUUCGGCUGGUAAUGCGGACCUUCAAUUAGGGUUUUCAAGAUCGGAUUCCUUACAUUGUAGUGCACAGGUUGAAAAACAAGUUGGACUUCCUACUGUGAUAGCAUUGACUGUGUAAAUGUGACGUAAAUUGGCCUGACCGAAGUCAGACUCUGACUGAUAUAGACAAUACUCAACACGCCUUGUGGGCGUGUAAUCGUGAUCUCAAGACAUGUCUCUGAUUGUGAUGGACAACAAGGAGAUGAAAUCGACAAGAAAGCGGGAGUGAGAUAUUCUGUGUACAUGUAAUGGUCGUGAGUGUACAAUGGGAGAGAAUUAACAUUAGCGUGAAUGCAGCUUUCACAUCGGUCAUUCAUAUAUUUACCAAAGACAAUCAACAUGCAUUUCACGAGAAUGGAUUUCAGCAAGACUUUGUUCCAGGGGGACAAUGGGCUGUUAAUUUGCCGACAACAUCACCUCUUUGUCCCGCGGGCUUUUGUUCGUGGGAAAUCGCUGCCUCAUGCCGUGGGCUAUUUUUAGACUGGGCGUCCCCCCCAUAAAAUAUCGGGCGUCUUUGUGUGUAUGGACAAAAGGGUUGGAUACGCGUCGGUUGUCCAGGCAACGUGUCAAAACCCGAACAGUUUCUGAUGUGUCAUUUCCCAUCUUUCAUGUCCAUUGUCGAGCGAAUGCGUAUCAUGUGUGUUGGGUCCGAAAGGACUCGAUUAUUUAUCAUGUUUAUCAAGAAUAAACACUAAUUAUUUUCUGAAACAAA